UUUGGGGGAAGUCGCAAGUCGAAACUCCGGCGGCCAACGCUGAACUGAACAAACUCUGUCGUCGUCGUCCUCCUCCUCGACCGCUUCCCCUUCCCCUGCGUUGCCAGCGGGCACUCAGCCUCGACGGCUCCACGGAAGGGGAGCGCGCUGCCGACCUCCAAGUAAGUCGGGCUCGCUGCGUCCUCCUCCUCUUCCUCCUGACCCCCUCUACUGCACUGGCGCGAAGCGGAGAUCCACCGGGAACCGGACUGAUUUCUUCUCCUGUCGCAGGUAUCUUUGAUUAACGUGGAUCAUAUUGAGUUUGGCUGUGCUGAUUUGCUUGCGAGAUCAGUAAACUGCCAUGGAUAUGUGAAGCACAAGUGAAGAUGCCGGCAUUUUUUUCACAUCGGCGAAUGUACACUUUGUCAGUUUCAGAUCUUACUCUACUACCCCUUGAGAUGGAAGGAAGAGAUGCAUGCUUAUGGUAAAUCCCGGUGAAUAUUCGUUGGAGGUCAGCAAGUGAUGCCCUGACUAAGACUGAUAAGAAAAUCAGCGUGCUUCAUCUCUGAUAAUCAAUGAUGAGAAUGAAGUUCCCAAAACGUUACGCCAUAGUAUUGCUUACAUUCAUAUGCACAAAUGUUUGUUACAUUGAGCGUGUGGGUUUCUCUAUUGCUUACACUGUCGCAGCUGAUGCCAUUGGUGUGAAUCAAGCAAAAAAGGGCAUGAUACUCUCCAUGUUCUAUUACGGUUAUGUUUUGUCGCAAAUUCCUGGUGGAUGGGCAGCGCAGAGAAUGGGAGGUAGACGUGUUCUGCUACUAUCGUUCGUGUUGUGGUCUUUGAUAUGUGGUUUAAUUCCACUAGACCCCAACAGAGUAAUCAUUCUGGUGCUUUCUCGCCUAUUUGUUGGUGUAGCACAAGGUUUCAUAUUUCCUGCCAUUCACACUGUUCUGGCGCAAUGGGUGCCACCUCAGGAGCGCUCUCGGUCAGUGUCUCUCACUACCUCAGGGAUGUACCUUGGUGCAGCCUGUGGUAUGCUUAUGUUUCCAAGUCUGGUGAAGCACAUGGGACCCAAAUCGGUUUUCUUUGUUGAAUCAGUAUUGGGAGUAGCAUGGUCAGUAAUAUGGUUGAAGUUUUCCAGUGAUCCACCUCGUACUGACCUUCCGAAGGUAGCAAUGCCAAAAGUGGCAUCACGAGAUAAGAUUAAGGCCCAAGCAGGAGGGGUUGUUGCACCUCGCACUGUAAAGAUCCCAUGGAGAAGGAUAAUCUUCAGUUUACCUGUUUGGGCAAUUGUUGUAAACAAUUUCACCUUCCACUAUGCCCUGUAUGUUCUUAUGAACUGGCUCCCUACCUAUUUUGAGUUAGGCCUUCAGCUUAGCCUCCAAGAUAUGGGUUCAUCAAAGAUGCUUCCCUAUUUCAAUAUGUUCAUUUUUUCUAAUAUCGGUGGAGUGGUUGCUGAUCACUUGAUUACAAGAAGGAUUUUAUCUAUUACAAAGACAAGGAAACUCCUGAACACCAUUGGGUUUGUUGUCUCAGCUGUUGCACUUAUGGCCCUUCCUUUAUUCAGUACACCCUCAGGCACUAUAAUCUGUUCAUCGAUAUCUCUUGGUUUUCUGGCUCUAGGAAGAGCAGGAUUUGCUGUAAAUCAUAUGGAUGUUGCUCCAAAGUUUGCAGGGAUAGUAAUGGGGGUUUCGAAUACAGCUGGGACACUGGCUGGAAUUGUUGGUGUCGGCCUCACCGGAACUAUUCUGGAUGGGGCAAAGGCUUCUAACAAGGAUCUGACAAGCAGGGAAACCUGGAAAACAGUCUUCUUUGUUCCAGGAUACCUAUGUAUUUUCAGUUCCAUUAUUUUUUUGCUUUUUUCAACCGGUGAAAAGAUUUUCGAAUAGAGGAAAUUAUUUUUACUUGUUAUUAUCUUAUGUUAAUCAUUACGGCGAGACAGGAUAGCUAUAUGGCAAUCUCACAUGUAUCUGUUUAGCACUUACUAAACUUCAGAGUUCA